AUGGGGUGGUCUAGCAGGUUACUCUCAGCCAAUGUCUUUCUAACCCUAUGGCUUUCUACUGCCAAAGGCGAAGUGAGACUUUGUGAUUAUCCAAAAAUAAGCCAUGGAAUACUAUAUGAUGAAAAGAAACAUGAAGCAUUUUCCCCCGUUCUUAGUGGGAAGGUUUUCUACUACUCAUGUGAAUAUAAUUUUGUGUCUCCUUCAAAUUCAAUCUGGACCCGCAUAAUGUGCACAGAAGCAGGAUGGUCACCAACACCAAAGUGUCUCAGGCUCUGUUUCUUUCCUUUUGUGGAAAAUGGUAAUUCUACAUCUUCAGGACAGACACACUUACAAGGUGAUAUUGUCCAAGUUGUUUGCAAUGAAGGCUACAGCCUUCAAAAUAAUAAGAACACCAUCCAGUGUACUGAAGAGGGCUGGUCCAUUCCUCCCAAAUGUGUAUCCACCGAUUCUACAGGGAAAUGUGGACCUCCUCCACCUAUUGACAAUGGAGACAUCACCUCCUUCCCAUUGCCAGAAUACCCACCUUCAUCAUCAGUAGAAUACCAGUGCCAGUUCUUGUACCAACUGCAGUGCAAUAAGAAAAUAACAUGUAGAAAUGGAAAAUGGUCUGAGCCACCAAAGUGUAUUUAUUCAACAGGGAAAUGUGGGCCUCCUCCACCUAUUGACAAUGGAGACAUCACCUCCUUCCCAUUGUCAGUAUAUGCACCAUUAUCAUCAGUUGAAUAUCAGUGCCAGUACUUGUACCAACUGCAGGGCAACAAGAAAAUAACAUGUAGAAAUGGAGAGUGGUCAGAGCCACCAAAAUGUUUAUCUGUAUGUGUAAUAUCAGAAGAAAUCAUGGAAAGACAUAACGUAACUUUUAGAUGGAGAGAAGACCCAAAUCUAUAUUCUCAAUCAGGGGAUAAUGUUGAAUUUAAGUGUAAAUCUGGAUACAAACUGACAGAAACAUCACUUCCAUUACGUGCAAGGUGCAUUGAUGGUCGCAUCAGUUAUCCCAGUUGCUCAAAAAUACGUUAUUGGUACCACGGAUGA